AACGCCACCACUUUGGAGUCUCGUAGGUGAAAAUGUGGUCGGAUUUACGUAAACGUUCUGGGGAUUAACGUGUUUUUGUGCCGCCAUAUCUGUCAUAGUUUGUGUUGUGGAGCUUGAGCAGCGCCAGGUAUUUGGUAUUAAAAUAUUCAGCGUGUGUGCUGUGGGGGACACGAUGGAUAAGCAGCGCCGUGAGUGCGUGGACGAAGAGCAGAUAAUAUCUCAGAGGUUUGUGCGCUGAUGUUUUCCACACUGAUGGGAGCCGACGGUAGUAAAAACAGAAAGAGGCCCACCGACAGGCAGAAGGACAAGCACUUUUCAUCUGGAUGGCGUGGGUUCUUCUCCAGCGUGGGUCUGUCUAUCCCAGCAGGUGUCUGUCAUCUGGCCCCGGCUGCCCUACGUCUCAGGCAGCACCAGAUGCUCCAAAACAAAGUCCCUGAUAUUCCAGAUCACGUCCUGAGGUUGGCUGGAGUUGGUCCAGACAAGCUGAGAGCAGAGUGGAGCCUGCCGGGGUUUGUUGCCAUGUUCUUGCCCGAAUUUCCUCACAGAAAUGUGCCAGGGCACGAACAUUUUCAGGUACUUAGUUAUAUUGCCAAAGGUUCAUUUGGACCCAUUCUGAAAGUGAAGGACAAGGCAAAACAGAAAAUGUAUGCCGUCAAGGUCAUACCUAAAUCAGAGAUUCUGAGACUUGGUGUCUUGGAGCAGUCAAAAGAAGAAGUUAUAGUACAGCGUCAGGUCCAUCACCCGUUUGUCCACGAGCUGCAGGAUUGCUGGCAGACACAGCGCCACAUCUACAUUAUGUGCGACUACUGCAGCACAGGAGACCUGUACACAUACUGGCAGUUAAUUGGUCAGUUUACAGAAGACACGGUACAAGUGUUUGCGGCUGAGUUGGGAUGUGCUCUUGGAUUUCUGCAUGAUUUAGGAAUCAUCCACAGAGAUGUGAAGAUGGAGAAUAUCCUUCUGACAAACAACGGUCACCUCCGAUUAGCUGACUUUGGUUUGUCCCGUCGCUUGGAGCGUGGAGGACGAGCCUUCACUAUUUGUGGAACCAUUCAGUAUAUGGCUCCAGAGGUGCUGAGUGGAGGACCUUACAACCAUGCAGCUGAUUGGUGGUCACUUGGAAUUCUGCUUUUCUCUUUGGUUAAUGGGAAGUUCCCUGUGCCUCCAGAACCGGACCAUUGCAGUAUGCUGAGGAAAGUGAGGACUUUUCCCUAUGAAAUGCCCCUCAGCUUCAGCUCACACCUGUCCUUGCUAAUCACAGAGCUGCUAUGCAAGACUCCAUCCCGUCGACUGAGGACUUUUGAUCGUUUCAAACGCCACGCUUUCUUCCAUGGAUCGACCUUUGACAUGGUCCUGAUGCAACGCCAGCCUGUGGAGGUGAUACUGGAACUGAGAGAGAGACCUGACCGAGCUGACAAAGCUCGAAGAGGGCUCAUGUUAUCCCUGCAGCCUCUCAAGGGCUUCGACUAUGACUCACUGCUCAGCCCUCCUGCCACGCCAGAUGUGCAAGGUCACACAGUAUCGCCGCUGUCUGGCCUCACACUCCCACUGCAACCACCUCAGCAGAAAGGUCCACGUAGAGAAGUAUUUGUGUGAAGGACUCUGAGAUUACAGUGUGACUUCAAACACACUAAUGGUAACAGCCUACAAUUAUGUACCCUCAGGUACGUACAUGUGUAUUUGGACAUUGACAUUCUUGUUGUAUUUUUACCUCUGUACUUCACCACUGUGAUGUUGAAAUGAAACAAUUAAGAUGUGCUUGUAGUGUAGACUUUCAGCUUUCAAUCAAGGGGUUUAAGACCAAUUAUCACAUUAACCUUUUGGGAAUUAGAACCAUUUUUAAUAAGCAUGAAAGCAAAGUUUAUGUUUAUAGCACAUUUAAAAGCCAAAGUACUUUACAUUAAAAAGAACAAAGGAGUCCCACCUCAUAGACACACAAGCAAAACACAUACAAACACCUUCUAACAGCCUGUCCUCCAGCCAGAGUUCCAGACAUCAACAGCUAAUUGAAUGCAAGAUGAAGAACAUAUGUUUGAAGCUUGAUGUCUGCCUAAGGUCAAGUGAGAGAGAAUUCCAGUCUUACAGCAAAAAUAGCAAAGGCACAGUCCCCUUGGU